AACGCAUAAGCGCCUGGUUAGAAUUCCUGCGUCAGACUUUUUUGACAGGGGUUCCGGAAUCUCGGAGCCACAUCGUUGUGCCGGAGUCAAUGGACCCUUAAACUCCAUACCGAUUUUACUAUCAGCAUCCGCAGAAUAUUACCCGGACGGAGACAUGCGCCUCAUUUGUUGGCAAGUUUCUUAGUUUUUUUUGAAAGAUUUCCCAAACUUUCAUUUGCAGCUUUGCUGUGAUCGCAUACGUCGUUUCUCAGCGGUGACUACCUUACCUACCUACCUACCUAGCCUAGGUACCGAUUGAUCAAUCUUAUCUUUUGGGCUGGUGGUGUAAGCCUAUCAUCAACAGACGAAGCCUACCUGCAUACACUCAAGCAUCAUGGAUUUUACUCAAAACAUCCACAGUGCUUCCACAGCCUGUGAUAUCUCAUCAAAAGCGAUGGAAUCCUCAGAUAGACCCAGAACCGGGGUUCUUAGGCGGUCUUGCGAGUCUUGUCGUGCGCUGAAAGCUCGCUGUAUCCACGUACCAAGCUCCGGGUCCAGGUGCUGCAAAAGAUGUAUAGACCAUGGCCUCGACUGUGUGUUCGAGGAGGCCAUUGCCAGGCCAAAGAGAGCCCGUGCCACAGCUCGCACCCGAGUAAAAGACGUCGAGGAAAAGAUAGAUAGUCUCAUAGCCCUCAUCGCCGCUAGAAAAGAGCCCCAGACGAAACUGAUGGACAAGACCGUCCCCAACUUGAACAUUGCAAAUUUCUUAGACACUGAAGGAAACUUUUCCUUCCCCAGCAUCAUCAACAAUCCUGGUUUGGUGUUCAACCAGUCUGAGUUUCCAAUCACUUCACCGAUGACGGACAUGGCUCUGUCAUCUAGCAUCAACGAUGUCUUCUCCAAAGGCAUCGUCACUUUUGAGGCAGCGCAAAGCUACUUGCAAGCUUUUGUUGGCGAUGCCGCCACGUUUCCUUUCGUUGUCAUCUCGCCACACAUGACGCUGGACUUCUUGAGGAGAGAGAGACCUUGUUUACUUCUUGCCAUUAUGGUUGUUUGCUCCCAAGACUCUGUUCAGGAAACCUUGAUUGCCGAGUUCAAGAGUUAUAUCGCACAGCAUGUCAUCGUCGAGGCUCGCAGGGGCAUCGACCCUGUACAGGGCUUGAUUGUCUACUGCAACUGGCACAACAGAUGCGCCAACCCCUCUGUUCAACAGCUAUAUCAGCUGAGUCAACUUGCAGUCACUCUGGCCGGGGAUUUUGGACUCCCUUCACUGUCAACCAUCAGAGAGAUGAACAGCAGCAACGCCAAAAUGUCACGGUCCACUCGAGAACUGAAUUCGCAGUAUCUCGACGAAUUAGAGAGAAUAAGGACCUACCUCGGAUGCUAUCACGUCUCGCACGGCAUGUCAAUCGGUGUCAGGAAACCCACGCACCUCCUGUACAGCAGAAGGAUAGAAGGAGCCGCCAAGAUGAUUGCCAGCCUCGAACAGACUGCCAACGAUACUCUGAUACCACAUCUCAUUCGCCUCCAACGUUUUGCAGAGGAUGUUCAGAGGACCUUUGACUAUAACGACCUCGAUGGCCUUGAUGAGAUGGAUGGUCUCAAACUGCGAGCCACGGUCACAAUGCUGGAUCGACAACUCUCACAGAUACUUGAGGAAAUGCCAGUUGAAGUGCGCCAAAACACUGACAUUCAACUCGAAUCGAAUUUCCUCCGCAUCUACAUCUCAGAGAUUGGCCUCCAGAUACCAGCAGGCCACUUGAAACUAGAAGGACGUUGCUGUGGCUGGUGUUCCUCAAACCACCGCACAGAGCUUAUUAUCACAUGCAUACGCGCCACCCAGAAGUAUCUCGACCACUACUUUGCCCUCCCGGAUGCUACAGUCUCACGGCUCAACGUCUUGCAGAUCGGUCGGCACAUGUACGCAAUAACCAUGCUGGCCCGGGUCAUGAUGCGCGACCAGAUCGGCAAGCUCGACAUGGCUCUCCUGGGCGAACUCGCAGCUGCCCCGGCCUAUGUCCAGGCGUCGGAGCGGAAGCUUGCAAGACUCAUCACCACGAUGCCGUGUGGCAAGCAAAAGCAGGAUAUGAUCUGGUUGUUCUAUCGGAUAUUCAAGUUGGCGUCAAAUUGGUUCGAGGGAGCGGCUGAAACAGGUCAGAUGAACGUCGUGGACUUUGAUACCUGCAUUGCGGGUUUCGAUAUCAGCCAAAUCAUCCUCAGCCCUGUGCGUAAGGGUGAAUGUGACUCUCUAAUUCCGCCGCCGGCCACUAUCGACUGUUUAAACGAGCUGACGACAACCCCGGAGACUGUAUCGGAGCACUCAGAGCUCGGGUCAGCCGAUGUACCGUUCUUUCCGAACCAAGAGAUGCUGUGGACGGCAGACCUCAGUGAUUUUACGCCGCCAGAUAACAAUAACUGGUUCAGUAUGUGAAAUACGUUGUUUGUUUUCCAUUCUUUCUUUUUGGCCAUCUAAAUUUAUUAUCGGACGCAUAAUUUCCGUCGUAUUCGAGCCCAGAGGCAGUCAUAUUGAUCAUGUAUCAGAGUCCAAUUUUGUAUUAUUCGCCAAGAAAGCGUUGGAUGAUAAAAAAAAAAACAAGUAACGAUCAUAUUCUGAAGUCCUUGUAAGACCAUUUCUCCGUGACCGUUGACUUGCCUUGCUUCCUGAAAGGCCGCUUCAUCCUGGCCUCCAUCUUGCCACGGACUAUCAGACUGCGAUACCUGUCCUUGAGUAGAUUUCCCUCAGGUUUGAGUAACCGCAACGAGUCCUGCAGCUCGUCGGGCAGGACAAGCUCUAGGUCCUUCUCUGGCAGCCGGAACUUACCCAACUGCCUGCGCCUGAGUUCAUUCUCAUCUCCCACGUCGCUGUCGUCGCUCAUCUCGACCUUGGCCAGGGCGGCCGCCUCCCGCUCCUCAAUCUCAGCGGCUAGUUCCUUUAUCUUGGCCGACUGAAUGUUCUUGAGCUUUUGAGCAGCCUUUUCUUUCCGCCUCUGCUCCUCCUCUUUCCUUCGCUUUAUCCUGUUACGCUGUGCUUGCGUCUUCCUCUCCGGCCGCUUGGACUUAAUUGGCAAAUCCUCACCGCCGCUCGUGAACCCUUCCCAUGCUGAGUCUUCCUCCCACUCUGAUAGAUCAGCCCGAGCCUCAGCGGCCUCUGCCUCCGCCGCUGAGCGCGCGACAGCCUCAGCCCGCAAUUUCUCGGCUGCCUCCUCUGCCAAUCUCUGCUUCUCUGCCUCUACAGCCUUGGCACCCUCUGCGUUGUACCGCUCAACGUAAUCGGUGAAGAGAGGGUUGUAGCUGUAGGAGCCUUCUGGAGUCGGAACGGCAGGCACAGGUUUGCCAUUGGCGGCUAAGCUUAUGGGUUGGUGCCUCAAAGUCUCUGGGGCUUUUGCCUUGACCGGCUUGGACACAAACUCGAGUUUAUCACCAGUCUUCAAAACGACAGGUCCUUCCUCUGGUUCUGCCUCCGCCCAGACGUCAUAGCUAGCAUCGGCGAUGGUGAUUGUAGAUUCGUGAUGGCCGUCGGCGACCUUCCGCAGGCGGUGAAGUUCUUUCUGCGCCACGAAAUCCUUGCGAAUCCUCUUUACCGGGAGAACGCCGUCAGUCGUUUUGCUGUCAGCGGAUCGUUUCCUGGAAGACACGGCAGGAACUGCUGAGCGUGCUGCAAUGAUCUCGUCUGCCUUUAGAGUUUUCUUGAUAUGCUUGGGGUGCUUCUUGGGUAUGGCAGAAUCUCCGACCACAUCGAGGGUAAAGAGCGAUUCUGACGGUCGCUCUUUGUAAACACCACUGGAUAAUCUCCUCGUUCCGCUUUUCAAGACCCUUCUCUACUUCGGUAACAUCGACAUGUUUUCUCCAUGCCUUUUUGCCUUUUCGGGAGGGCUGUUUGUAUUGCUGAGGCGCCUCAGGGUCGGCGGACAAAGGACCAAUAGCAGGCAUUGUGUCUUUCGUAAAUCGCCGACAGGAUUUGAAUAGAGGGCCUUUGAGGAUAUUCAGGCUCGUAAGUCGAAACGGAUUUC